UCAAUAAAUUCUUGCCAUAAUAGAGUUUUUGUCUUCCAUUUUUCGUCUCACUAUUGUAUUUUAAUAUGAAUUUGCAACUUCAAUAAAUCUGAUGCACAAGUUUAAUUCAAACACCAACGUUCUUUAACCAAAUAAGUACAAUUACUUAUUUUAAUACAACGGUUGUCCAAAUAUGACAAUGCCACUUUGCAAUUUAUCUAAUACGGUAAUUAUGCUGAUCAAUGGGAUAGCACAGAAGGGCAGCAGCUAUAAUUUUUAUUUCUCUAACAUAACAUGUAGACAAGUGAAUGAACUAUUUCGAGCGUUUGUUAAAUUAUUUAACACUUGAAUUGCGUUUUGAUUUUUUAAACGUAAAUCAAUUAAGAUAACAAGUCACGUGUGACGUCAAAAAUCGACGCCAUGUGACGUCAUAAAUGCCACGUCGUUGCCAAUGACUACAAAGAUUGUGAUAUAACUGUCAACAGCAUUUUUAUCAGCUCUAAAAAGGCGAAAUAAAUAUAUGAGAAACCACAGCUUUUCUCAAACUAAAGAAAUGCUGAUACAUGCAACAAUAUAGCGUGAUGUCACAGCAGGACGGAGGCACUGACAGACCGGAACGGACGACUCCCAAUCCGGUCGAGCCGGACGUUCGUGUCAGUGCGACGCCGUCACCUAAAGAUGGCUAUUGUUUGAGUGAUACUAUAAUCAUCCGAUCAUCGAGAAAUUCGUCUGCACUAAGUGGUGCGUUCACACCGGCACCACCCAGCACCUCGAGACCAGAGCUCACUUGGAGAAGCAGUCACCGGACACUGCGACCAAUGGUCAGCGGUAAGUUUAGAUACAAAUCCGCCUUUUCGACAGACGAAAUGGGCAUCGAGGAAUUGCAGACACGUGUUACGAAAUUCGUUAAAUCAAGUGUCAACUUGUCGUCAAAUGAUAACAUCGAGGACGUGUCCGAAUACAGAACGAGCGUAGUCCCGGACGACAUCGAUGAUCUGUGCAGUGCAUUCGAAUCAAGUCUGUCUAUGAUGCAGACUCAGUCGGAUAUUGAUUCUAACGGCCAAAUCAGUACCAUUAUCCGCAAGGAUGCCUCAAGACCGUCAAGAUUCCACGAAGAAAGAAUCAAAUUUGCGUGCAAGACUCCGGAUAUUCUGCCGGAAGUCACAAAAGAUGCUAUCAACCCCAGCGACUAUUCUAGCCAACAACAUGAAACUAAGGGACUCGAUUUAGUUUCUUUGGAUGAAACACGGUUAGUCUUCAAUGAGGACGCUGUCAAUGAAUCAAGCCACAUUCUCCUCUCCACGCCGUCAGUUGAGGUAUUCGAUGUUUGCAAAACAAUUCUAUUUGAAGUCCUUGCAUCUAUCACUGAUUUCAUUUUGAACAGAGAGGACAUUGUCGAGUCAGACGAUGACAUACACAUCGAUGUAAUCAGUGAACAUGUUGCUUCAGAUAAAAGUGUGCACACUGGUGACGAUAUUAACGUUGACAAAACGUGUAUGCGUUAUGGUACAAACGAAACUGAGGAACUCGAGGAAGAAGUUGUGGACAAGACUCAGAAAGUCUUUACUGAUGACGCUGACAAAAAAUCAUGUCACAUGUACGGUUCUAUCGUGUCCAUAGAUGUAUUCACUGUUUGCAAAGAGAUAAUGUUAGAAGUUCUUGCAUCUAUCCCUUGCAUUAGUAACCAAUUGGAGGAAAUUGUCAAGACAUCCGAUCAAAUUCCGCUCGCUGUCAACAGCGAUACGGUUGCUUCAAAAAUAAGUUUACACUCUGGUGAAAAAUGGUACGUCGAUAAUAACAGUCUUGAGGACAGUUUUGUUACUGAAGGAAGAACGAACUAUGUUCAAGUGCACGGACAUUUAACACACAUCGGAUGUGAUGACACAGUCGAAGUUUGCAGUAAAGAAUGCGAACCCACUGCGACAUCAAAUAUUGUGUCUGAUGAAACUGUCAUGACCAAAUGCAUAAAUAUAUCAGAGGCGAUCUAUGUAAAAACGGAUUACGCCACAGCACCUCUUGACGAAAACACCAUCAGUGAUAGCAGAUGCAAUAACAAGUCCAAUCAAUUCAGCGACACUGUUGGCCAUGUAACAAGUGCACAUGCGACGAGCUUCGAAAAGGUAAUUAAUAGCUAUUGCUUUCAAAAUGGUGAUUGUUGUACCAGCAUUGGCUUAACCAAAGUGAUCCAGCCUAUUGCAUCGCUGGAAAUGAGAAAGGUGGAUUUUGGAUGUGAUAGCUCGAUAAGUUACAUAAUCCGCAAGGAUAUUGCUGCUCUGAUUUUACAACACGUGUUUGCCAAAAUAGAGCCAGGAGAGGAAACAGACCGCAGAUAUAAUAAUGACGUAAGCAUGACCUCCGUUUCUCGCGAUCAAUUCUGCAAUGUCGAAAAUGUAAAGAGCCUCACCCCAACCACAUCCGACACUGAUCAGUACUGUGCGCAAAACAGCGUAUUACAUGGCGAGGCCCAGUGCAACAACGACCUAACGCCAGUCAAGCACUCAUCAGUGACCUGUAAAAUGGAUCCUGUCAGCGAAAGAAGACGUGAAUGUGUUUUCCAUAUUACCGAACUUAGAGUCAAUUGUGGUGCAAAAGUUAAACCGAAACAAAUGGCACCGUGUGGCUCUGAGUGUAAAUUUGUACAGAACGAUGAUUCAAGAGUGUGCAGAAACCUGGUUUAUAAAACAAGAACGAAUUGUAAUGUAGACAAUGAACCGCCUAACGAAAAUCGCGACUAUGCAUGUGAUGCAUUUCUCAAGAAACAGGUCGCAGCUGAAACGGGUAAAUUUCAGGAAUAUUCUGCUUCGCCUAGACAUCCGGAUGAUGGUUUUGUAAACAUCAAUGAAGAAGAUACCACCAUACCGCCUAUCGACGUGUCGUCUGCAACAAGUUUGAAAUCUGAUACGAAGUACAAUUGUGCAAGCAUGAGUAAGGCAAAAUGGAUGGAUAUCGAAAUGGAUAGUUACAGAGAAAGGAUUACAAAACAAGCAAAAAUUAAACCGCACUUUGUUCCUUCAUUGAGAUUGGAUUUCUUAAAAAAUAUUCAUGACAAACCAGAAAAUCCUGAAGAGAUAGAGACAUGGAGCGAAAGAGGGACGGAUAAAAGGAGAGCUUCUGCCCAAAACACACAGAUGAACAGGAGGUUUAAAGAUAAAUACGUUAACGCAAACCGAUCAAACAUAGAAAAGGGAAGAGCCUUUUCUAAAGAAAAACAACAAACAAGCACAGAUGAGAACAUGGCAAAAAGUCCUCCUGUGAAGCAAUGCAGUGCAACGGUGAAUCCCGUGCAAGUGAGAAAUAACCUUGCAUCGAUAAGAAGGCUUAAAGAUGCCAGGAUGAUUUCUCCGGAAAAAGGAAAAACAGAAACUGAUGACAUCACUUUGGGAAUGCAUCGGGAUAGCAGCGUUCAGCAGGAUAAACAGGGAAUUAAGACAUUCUGGAGUCAGUACAACGAGAUUUUAAAUGCAAACGGAGACGUUGCAAAAGGCCAUGAGAAAUCUGUCGGCCCAGUGUCGUCCCUCAACACGUCGAAGAACCUCUUUCGAAUGGUCGAUCACUCCAAGAAACUCUCUCAUACUACAGCAAGUGAGCGUCGCUAUUUCACAAUGACUGCCUUCAAUAUUGCUGGGCGGAUGUUAGCUGCACAGAUAAUCCAGGUGGCGUUAGAAGAACUGGACUCCGAAUACAGUGCGCUGUUGGCCGAGUCUUUGACUGAUGCUGCCAAUGAUGAAGGCAUGAACGAUACGCGUCAAUCCCCAAAAGCGUUGUCGACUGAAGACAUUGGAAAUCUGCAUGAGUCGUUCAGUUACACAAGAACAGUGGGCGAGACAAAAGUGCAACUGUCUGCAAUCCAAGAAGAGACCGAAGAUGAACUAACAGACCAUGUCGGAAUCGCAUCGGCCAAAAUGAUAACGAAUUCGCUGAAGGUCGAUAAUAAAGCCUUUAGUAUGCCUCCCCCAGAGUUUAAUGAUAGUGUUUCGGAACGUAAUAAAGCUGCUAGAGGCACUCCAGAUAAGCUUAACCCUGAUGUAAGCUUUUCAUUACAUGAUGAUGCCAAUGACGUGCAAACGGCUAGAAGCACUAAAGAUAAUAUUAGCCCUCCGUCCUCGCGACAUUCAAGUUGCAGAACAGCAAACAGUAGAUCUUCAAGACAAAAACAGAGGACGAAAUGCGAACGCCACGGCAAUAGAGAAAACAACACAUGCGCAUGUAUCGAUGGGAAAAUAAGUGGGCGAAGAGACAUCACCUGCGACAUAAAAGACACGAACAAAAUAGAAAACGAUGCAGAAUUUGGAAAUGACAGCCAUGGAAAUAAAAUGGCACAAAAAUUAGAAGACAGUGAGCCUAAAACUUCACAAGUAAAAAACAAUAUAACAGGUCGCAAAAAGCGUGGCCGUUACCAACAUGUUAAACCAAAAGUAAACACUGGUGUGCCAAAGAAUAAACAGCCUAUUGAGGCGCCAGUCAAAUCAUGUCCUGACCGUGUGGAAACUAAAACUGGCAUUGUUACCAAGUUUCCACGUAAUCCAAAGUACCAACAUGUGAAGUCUAAUCUUUACCUGGGCAAAACAGAUGAUGCGAGUGAAUGUUCAAGAACUAACGAAAGCGCUUCACACGAUGAAAAAACCAACUCUGGAAAAAUAACUGUACGAUUAGCUGUAAAAUCAAGCGUGUCGACAGCAAAUGAACCGGAUAUUGAAAAGGUUCACUCAAAGAAACGAAAAGGAUUGUACAAGAAGAAAGUGAAAUCCAAAAUUAAUUCUGGGAUACCAAAGAAGACUCUUUACGACAACAAGGACAAUCCAUACAACAAUAAGGCUCCAGUAAUUCAUCGUAAGAAGACGAACACAAGACAGUUUGUCAAGAUGGGCAUUUGCAAACUCGAUAUCGAAAACUCAGGUAAUACGGCCGAACCUGUUUAUGAUUGCCGCACUCCUACAUCAGAAAAUGCACCAGCAAAUGGUAAACAAGACAAAAAUAACAAAAACAUUAGGAAGUCCAUUCAAAGUAAAAAGUUCUCGUCUAUGAGAUCAUCUAGGACAGUACCAGAAUCAAACGAGGUUCAAACAAAUAGCGCACGACCAAAGAGCGGAUACUCUUGUCAACUUAAUCCACCGUUUCAAAAUAAGCGCUCUGCUAGCCAAACGAACAUAAACAAAAUUAAUGUUCUGCCUCCUCUAACCGCGGCUGCUUCGAAAUCCGUCCCGCGACUGUCUCCUGGAAGCGCAUGUGUGGGUUUUACUCCGAAAAAGCCGCACACCUUGGAGAUAACCGGAAGUAAAACCCUCCCCAGAGUGGAUAGGGAUCAAGAAAGUGGCCGCAACACUUGUUUAACUUUUCUUCCGUCGAUACCAAGCGCCUCCAAGCACAGCAUUGAAGGCGAGAUGACGAGCCAGGCAGACGAAAAGAAUUUUUCGAUAUCAGCAUUUGCGAUCCUCCCGCAAAUAAAAGGACUUCAGGUGCCUACUAUAAGUCCACAUGAUUACCGAGAGGCAAGUUCGGCGCCAUUCUCGCCUUGGAUGUCAUCUGCAGACAACGAGCUUCUGCACGAUACGUCAUUUGGGGACGGAAGCUACGCUUUUCAUAAAAAUGUUCAAAUUAAAAAAACAAUUUAAAAUUGUGUAUAUUUGUUAUAAUUGCACUACGUGGUAGACAUUAAAUAUUUCAACGUUG